AUGUCAGCGGUCAAACCUCGAGAGUUCAAGUUCGUCGGCGCAUUCAGUCGCAAGAGAAGACGUCGCGAUGGGACAGCACCUGGAUCGAUUGACUUCGUCGGACCGACAACACGAUCGAAGCAAGCAGCGACAAAACCGCAGAGUGAAGCUGUUGCUGCUGAGCCUGCAACGCCGCCAAAGUCAGCGGAUGGAAAUAGCGAAGGUCAGGAUAAGAAUGCAGAGACAAAAACACCUCCAGCGGUAGAAGCGACAGGUGCAGAGGCGCCAGCUCCUCUUGCGACGACGCCAGUGAUUCCGCAUGAGAAUGCCAAUCCGUUUGAUCACGAUAUGAUGAUGGGGGAGGGGAUGAACAGUGGAAGUGAUAUUGACUGGACAUACUCAAGUCUUAUGAACCCUUUCAUCGAUACAGGUCCCUCGUUCAUGGCGCCUUUUGAUCAACUUAAUGGCCAACUGCCGAUUUAUUUUGGGCCUGACAUUCCUCUCAUUCAGCUGGGCGACUCCUCAUCUACCGACAACUCACCCGAGAAUCACUUCAUCGGGCCUCAAUUGCCAAAUGACACUGAUGGUCAAGCCGGCGAGUUUGGUGUAAAUGCGGAGUCGCAAGCAAUUGAAGAGCCAGUCUUGCCAUUGCUCAACUCUCACGCCGCGCCGAGCAACAUUAGCGACACCAUUGCGCAGUUACUGACUCGAUAUGACCAAGAGUUCUGCGUCAUGCCACUCACUCACGACUUUGCCGCCAACCCAUUCCGAUUCGACGCCGAGACAGGUCGCGGCUCACAACUUCUCCUCCAUUGUAUUCUCGCUCUCUCUUACAAACACAUCAAUCGCGAUACGGGAUCUUGCGCCGGAGAAGCCAAGAUGCAUAAGAAGAAGGCUCUCCAGAUGCUCAAAGACAUGGAAGGCGUGUCGCAGGCGUCACCGAUUGAAGCGACAUUCUUAGAUGCGGUGCUGAUCCUCAUGACACUUGAUUGCGCAACAUCUGCUCACGGGCCUUGGACGUGGUAUCUCAAGCGAGCGCAUAAAAUGAUUCAAGCUGCCGAGUUCUGCAACAUGAAGAAGACACCUCGAAUGCAAGCACGUAUAGAAAUGCUAGUCUGGUAA